CCCACCUGAGCCUCACACGAUGCUCCUCUCACCUUCGGUUCUGACAGACCGACCGCUCCAACUGCGUGCGAGUUUUUGAAGUCCCACCUCUCCACUCAGUCGUCAUACGUUUGAGCGGGUGUCCCCACUUCCAUUUCCCCACCCUUAACCACUUGUCCCUGCUACUGUUUUCCUUCGCCCUGCUCCGCCAAGGGUCCUCGGUUUCUCUCAGCCUCUGACCCAUGGCGCUGCAGGCGCUGCACAGCUCGGGGGUGGCCUUCCGCAAGAUCCUGUCUCACUUCCCCGAGGAGCUGAGCCUGGCUUUCGCCUAUGGCUCGGGGGUGUACCGCCAGGCGGGUCCCAAUUCAGACCAGAAGAAUGCAAUGCUGGAUUUUGUGUUCACAGUAGAUGACCCUAUUGCAUGGCAUUCAGAAAACCUGAAAAAGAAUCGGAGCCACUACUCAUUUCUAAAAGUUUUAGGGCCCAAGAUUAUCACAUCUGUCCAGGAUAACUAUGGCGCUGGAGUUUACUACAAUCCAUUGAUUAUGUGUGAUGGUAGGCUUAUCAAAUAUGGGGUUAUUAGCACCAGUAUUCUAAUUGAAGAUCUCCUCAACUGGAAUAACUUAUACAUUGCUGGACGCCUCCAAAAACCGGUGAAAAUUAUCGCAAUGAAUGAAAAUGUCAUCCUUAGGUCAGCGCUUGAUAAAAAUCUGAAGAGUGCUGUGACUGCUGCUUUCCUCAUGCUCCCCGAAAGCUUUUCUGAGGAAGACCUCUUCAUAGAGAUCGCUGGACUCUCCUACUCUGGUGACUUUCGGAUGGUGAUUGGAGAGGAUAAGACAAAAGUGUUGAACAUUGUACUGCCCAACAUGGCGCAUUUCCGCGAGCUGUACAGCAGCAUUCUACAGGAGAAUCCCCAAGUGGUGUAUAAAACCCAGCAAGGCAGACUGGAGAUAGAUAAAAGCCCAGAAGGACAAUUCACUCAGCUGAUGACAUUGCCCAAAACCUUACAGCAACGAAUAAAUCACAUUAUGGAUCCUCCAGGAAAAAACAGAGAUGUGGAAGAAACUUUACUCCAACUUGCUCAUGAUCCUGACUGUGGUGAUGUGGUGCGGCUGGGGCUUUCAGCAAUCGUGAGACCUUCCAGUAUAAGACAGAGUACCAAAGGCAUUUUUACUGCUGGCUUGAAGAAUUCAGUGAUUUACAGUUCACUAAAACUGCACAAAAUGUGGAAAGGAUGGCUGAGGAAAACAUCCUGAUUUUGCUUCCUUUUAUAAGUGUUAUGUAUAGAUGAAUAAAGUGUUUGAUCCUUUUUAACAGAACAGUGUUUGUUACCUUGACCCACUGCGUGAAUUUUGAAGAGACUGCUAUUUGUCUUCUAUUUGAUUUUUUUUGAAAUGUAUUCAUCAGAUAUUUACCCAGGUGGGACUCCAAAUAUGUAAGAGGGCCGAGCAGCCGAAGAAAAGAACCAUGAGUCCUGCAUUUUGUAGACAUUGGAGAGUCGGAGACACGACAGGUGAUGUGUGCCCAGAUGGACAUGCAGCCCAGGAGGAUUGUAGGCUGGGCAGGCGGAGCUUGGCCUGUCUGCUUCUGUCCAUAGUCUCCCUCUUGUUUCCUCUGGCUUUGCCAGCAAGAGCUCUGAGUAUCAUGAGAGGAUUUUUCUGGAUUAGGCUUUUUAUCUUUUUGUUUUCCACGGUGUGUGACAGAGUGACUUUUGGAUGAGCAGCCCGAGACAGAAUCGUUUAGGCAACAGGACCCCCAUGACAGUUACCUGGACUAACAGGAUGGACUCAUUCAUUCUCUCCAGUCUCUUUCCAUCUCUCUGCUGUCCGUCCUUCACAGUGUUGGUGUCUUACUAAAGCUGGCUCCCCUCAUAGUUGUGAGAAUGCUGGCAACCAUUUCCAGGGCUGUCGUUUCCCCGUCCCAUUUUGGGGAGACAGAAGAUUCUUUUUCAGGACUUAUCUUAGAAAAGCAAGAAAGAAAACUUUCCAUCAGCCCCCAGCAAGCCUCUGUUUGUAUUCAUGGGCCCUAAUUGAGUGACAUACUCACUCCUAAGCCAUUAAGUGACAGAAGGAUGGACCAUGCUGACUAUCUCAGGCCUGAGCUCCUUGCCCCUCUCCAAGAGGCAGCUUUCCCACAGGCUCUGACUGCGGAGAAGGACUGGACACUUGAAUAGAAACUGAGGAGGAAGGGCGUCAAGAAGCAAGCCCGUAUCCAUCUCAUUACAUGGAUCUGUCCAGUCAAAGCUCAAGAUUCUUUUUUUCCUUCACAGCCAUGUGACUUUGGAUGAGUUAUUUAAUCUCUCAACAGUUUCACCAUCUGGGAAACAGGGAUAACGUUACAAGAUUUCAUGAAUUGA